CGGACUCCGGGGCUACAACGUCAGAGGAGUCUUCGUUGCGAUGGCAGUGGUCACAGGUUCUGUGCCUCCUUGUCAGCCGGUGGCCUUCUAUGCUUUUGCUCCAGAACUCUACCGUGUUUCCUUUUCUCUUCCAUUCUCUGCAUGCGGACAAAAGCUCGGUAGUUGUCCGUGCUCUGGAAUGGCGUUGUCUUGUUGUGGCAUUCUCCGACUGCCCUGCAUUCGACUUCCCUUUUGAAUCUAUGAUUGAUGUCUCUGGCGCCCAGUGAAUCUCAAGUAUGAUAGAUCAUGUGCUGGGCCGGCCGUCGUCUCAGUUCCGCAAAGUCCAGGUCUUCGCAGUUGUCUCGUUCUGGUCACUCUACCUUCUGAGGUAAUCUCUUUGUUCUGCUUUGGAAGAUCGCUUGCUUAUGACAGGAUAAGAGGCGAUAAGCAUGGCCCUCCACUCAUUCGAUCCAUCUCCCAGCGCCUCUCGAAACGAUUCACUGUCUGGCAAUCUAUUGUCUUGACCUUCCUCUGGCUCUACAUAUGCCGAAACUUUGCGAAGAUCGUUGGCCUCGAGUCCCCCGAACCCCUCGCAAACCUGUACAACAGAGCAUACUUUCGAGCCACAUGGAUCACCACGGCUCUGGACGCUGGUUUCUGGAGCGCUAUGAGGAUUAGAAACAAGGCCCUCAGGGAUUUAUGCUCAAUCAUAUUCUCUGUGUACUAUCUCUUCUCGGCAGAGCAAGCGGAUGAAAAAGUCCGCAAAGUUCGCGCUGUUCUGACGGUCGAUCAUUUACGAGUCGCAUGGAACAAGCCAACCACACCUUACCUGAAGUUCUUCACGGCGUUAUUACGCCCUCGCUUCACCAAAUACAAGCCGCGGCGGAUUCGCAUCCCUCGCCCAAGACAAUCUCAUUACAAAGAACCCGUAGUUGCAUGGAUGUACUUCGACGGCUCCCUCGCUGAGUUGGAGAAGCAGGAGAACGUGGUUCUAGAUAUCCCAGGAGGAGGCUUCGUUGCCAUGGACCCGAGGACAAGUGAUGACAAGUUGCUUGCGUUGGCCGGAAGAACCGGGCUGCCAAUUCUUAGUCUCGAUUAUCGCAAGGCGCCCGAAUAUCCUUACCCGUACGCUCUGAAUGAGUGCUUUGACGUCUACACUCAGAUCGUGGCAACUCGAGGCCGGUGUAUCGGGAUGAAACCGGACACGUGCCCAAGGAUCGUGAUCACGGGCGACAGCGCAGGUGGAAAUCUGGCAUGUGGCACGACUUUGAUGGUGAUUCAGUCGAAUCAGAGCAGCACUUCUCGAGGAAUCCUGCCGACUCCUGCUGGACUGGUUCUCUUGUACCCGGCCUUGGACUUCAACAUUGGCAGCUGGAUGACGGACGAUCAAAUGGCGCUGAUCCGUAACCCGCGGACAGCGAAGAAAUACGAGCGGUUUAUCAAGCGCAAGAGUGAGGAUAUCGAUCGCCGAUAUACUCCAACAACUCCACGUCCGAUGAGCGACGACGAGGACGACCCUAAUCACGAUUUCUUCGCCCCUCGAGUCGAGAGCCCUGUCCAAGAGGAAAUGCCCCUUGACCGAAAGAACACCGACGUGGAAGCCCAAAAGCAGGCUGUCGCGCUCUCUAAGCCUCAACCGCUCAAAACCAGACUGGCCGUCUCCAGCAUCAUCUCCUACUUUGGCGACCGGAUCCUCACUCCGGAGAUGAUGCGUGCAAUGAUCAUCCUCUACGUGGGGCCAUACCAUCGACCCGACUUUACAACAGAUCAUUUGCUUUGUCCCGCUGUCGCCUCUGAAGGGCUCCUCGCGAAGUUUCCCAAAACGUACUUCCUGACCGGCGAACGCGACCCGUUGGUGGAUGACACAGUCAUCUUCGCCGGUCGCUUACGCCAAGCGAAACUCCAUCUCUUCCGUGAACGACAAGAGGUUGGCCUAGAGAAGUCGACGGCCGAGUUUAAUGAGAAGGACCAUGUUGAGGUGACCCUGAUUCCGGGAAUAUCACACGGCUUUGUGUCCUUCGUCAGCAUCUUUCCAGAGGGCUGGAAACACAUCUUCCGCUGUGGGAAGUGGAUCCAAGAGAUUUUCGCAAGGCCACCGCAUCAAUUCGAGGGCCCCGCGAUUGAAAGCAGGUUGAGACAGGGAACGUUCACGCACGACUCGGGCAGCUCGCUCGAGCUUGCCACGACAACCGAAACGAGGCACCACAAAAGGACCCCGACGGGAGAGAGUAUGGAUGACGAUGCACCACUGGUCAUGUCUAGCCUAAGCUCCGGCAAAGAAGCAAGUUCGUCGGCGGCGGCGAGGCCCAAUGGAGCAACGAAAGGGGAGAACAACCGGCGGAAGCAGGAAGACAAGCAAAAGGGCGCCGACAAUCUUGGCCGAAGCAAGAGCCUCGUGAGUCUCGGCAGCGAAGAGGACCUGCUGAAGCGGAGGAUGAAGGGAUUGACGGUGGGACUUCUAGGGUCUCAGGAUUCCUGAGACGGAGAUCGAACCCGUCACUGCCAUCGGAGCCCCAAGAGCCCAAGAUCUGUACUGAGUCCUGUGGUUGGAUUGUCGGUCGCCAUCGGUUACACGUCAACAGGAAUCUAUGAAAUUAGAUCUGUGUCAAGCCAAUGUGGCCCGAACCAAUGUGGCCAUUGAUGCUUCGUAUUAAUCUCAGGUUUUUGAUUUUCGUCCCAAGCCUGUUUGCACCCCUUCGGAAAAUACGCCUAGCUCGCCUCUAGGAACUGCCCUUUAGACAUUCAUCUCCUCAUGCUUUGAUCUGACACAGAUAUCCGUCAAAAAUCGAUGCGCCAUAAUUACCCAACAGUAGAUUUCCAC